GAUGGUCAAAUCUGGCCCUCUUUGGAAAAAAGUUUGUACACCCCUGAUGUGGUGUGUGUGCUGUUCAUCACAUGCACCUCUCCAGAUAAAACACACACACACACUAAAGGUGCACCUCAGGUACACAGCUCAUAAAAGAGCUUUACAGGAAAUCAAGUUAUAAACAAAAGGACAAGUAUUUAAUCUAAACACACACUCCUAACUACUGCAUAACUACAUAAAUAAGAGUAUCAGGUGAUAACAUUAAACCUCUACAGGAACACGAUGAAGAAAUAAAACACAGGGAAACACUGAGACAAGUGAAUACAGUAUUCCAGCAAACCUUGAAGUUAAAUCUUGAUGUCUCAAAAAAAAUAUAUAUAUAAAUAAAUAAAUAAUAAAAAAAAAAUAAUCCACCAUCAAAACUCCAUCUGACCCUGGACUCAUCUUCCUGCUGCUCCCCUGAGAACUGCCACAAAGUGAGAAGCCCAACAUUUAACUGAACAUUUACCAUGAAAAAGUGGUGAUGGGACAUGAGAUCAGAUGAUUUGCUGCAUGAAAAGUGUUUGUGUGUGUGUGUGUGCGUGUGCGUGUGUGUGAGAACCCGCAAGGUGCACAGGGACAGCUAAAGUUCAGCAGCACUUUUUUUUUUAUUGGGCCUAAAGCAGCUCCCAUACACUGAGGAUGAUGCGGGACUCGGAGACGGCAACGAGGCAGAAAAGUACACUUUAUUCCAGCCUUUUUCAACGCGUGGAGGACUCAUUUCAUUACCAGGAGUGAAGGAGAAAUAAAAGAAGGUGGCAACACAGCUUCAUCCUAACAUGGGCCAAUGAGAGGAGAUGGGAGGGAGGACUGUAACAUGCUCAGAGAGGUGAGCCGAUAAAAGUGUGGUUCUGAGGCAGUCAGCUGGGAAGUGUGUGAAGGCAGAAGACAAGGCUGUAGGCAUGGAGUGAAACAAAAAGGCAGAUAAGAAGACAACUAUGGGUCCUGCUGCUGCCUGAGGGUUUUACACUUCCUGGACUUUGUUCACUGUUUAGAGACACUGCCUGGUGUGAGUGCCAGAAGAUAAAGAAAGAAAGAAAGAAAGAAAAAAGAAGAGACAAGGAAAAGGCUGAGCAGCUGAGUCCUGGAGGAAGCGUCUGUUUGAGACAAAGUCAUAUUGUUGUCAGUGGGUGGAAGAACAGGCUCCAGAACAUGGACGAGGAGAAGGAAAAGUUUACUUUUGCCUUGUGACCUCAUGAUGGAGGGAGAUGGAGACCGAGGUGAGAUGUCUGCCAACCUGGAUGCUCUGGUGGAUGGUAAGGAACAGGCAACUCCGGGAUCAGCAUCGUCGUCCUGCUCAGAUCUGUCCUCCACUACCCCUGCAGCUCAGCCCUGUCCACACACCACCAGGACCUUCAGCGGACUCCGGUUCUUUGGCAGAAAGAAAGCCAUUGCCAAGUCUGGUGUUCAGAACCAGGCCAACCAGUCGAGUGCCUUGGCGGCGUCCAAAUGUGAAACUAACCAAGAAAUCUCCCAGACAGUCGACUGGACUGAGAAUGCUCAGUUCGGACAGCACGUCUGGUUUGAGACCAGUCUUUCUGGAGAUUUCUGCUAUGUUGGAGAGCUUUACUGCUUUGCCAAAUCACUGCAAAAAUCACUGCCUCGCUAUAAAUGUGCUGCUUGCAAAAUAGCAGUCCAUACAAUAUGCAUGGACCAGCUAGAGAAGAUUAAUUUCAGAUGUAAGCCAUCAUUUCGGGAUCCAGGCACAAGAAACGUGCGAGAGCCAUGUACUGUAAGGCAUCACUGGGUCCACAGGAGGCGGCAGGAUGGGAAAUGCAGACAGUGCGGAAAGGGUUUCCAGCAGAAGUUCUUCCACAAUAAAGACAUCGUGGCCAUCAGUUGCUCUUGGUGUAAACAGGCGUACCACAAUAAGGUGACCUGCUUCAUGCUACAGCACAUAGAAGAGACUUGCACUCUCGGUGCACAUGCCGCUGUUAUAGUACCUCCUACCUGGAUCAUCCGAGUGCGCAGGCAGCAGGCUUCCCUAAAGUCUAGUAAAAGGAGGAAAAAGACAUCUCUGAAAAGCAAGACCAGCAAGAAAGGGACAGAGGAUGGCAAAUGGAAACACUUUAUAGUCAAGCCGAUUCCCUCUCAGCUCAUGAAGCCAUUGCUUGUGUUUGUGAAUCCAAAGAGUGGUGGAAAUCAGGGAACGAAAAUUAUUCGGUCUUUCUUGUGGUACCUAAACCCACGACAAGUAUUUGAUCUCACUCAAGGAGGGCCUAGAGAGGGGUUAGAAAUGUACCGCAAAGUGCCCAACCUGCGCAUCCUAGUAUGUGGAGGAGAUGGAACGGUUGGCUGGAUCCUGUCAGUGCUGGACGAGCUGCAAUUGAAUCCUCAGCCUGCUGUUGCUGUCCUCCCACUUGGCACGGGAAAUGACCUGGCCAGAACACUCAACUGGGGAGGAGGCUACACAGACGAGCCGGUGUCUAAAAUUCUGUCUCAUGUGGAGGAUGGGAACAUUGUGCAGCUGGACCGCUGGAACCUCAGUGUGGAGCCCAAUCCGGAGGCCAGCGAAGAAGAGAAAGACGAACACCAGACAGACAAGCUUCCCAUUGAUGUCUUUAACAAUUACUUCAGCUUGGGUUUCGAUGCGCAUGUAACCUUAGAGUUCCACGAAUCCCGAGAGGCCAAACCUGAAAAAUUCAACAGCCGUCUUCGGAAUAAGAUGUUCUACGCAGGGACGGCAUUCUCUGAUUUCCUAAUGGGCAGCGCUAAAGACUUGUCUAAGCACAUCAGAGUGGUGUGUGAUGGCACGGACCUCACUUGUAAAGUUCAGGAGCUGAAGCUACAGUGUUUGCUCUUCCUCAACAUUCCUAGAUAUUGUGCUGGUACAAUGCCAUGGGGCAACCCUAGUGACCACCAUGACUUUGAGCCUCAGAGGCAUGAUGAUGGCUACAUAGAGGUUAUUGGAUUCACCAUGACUUCUCUGGCCACGCUGCAGGUAGGAGGCCAUGGCGAGAGGCUGCAUCAGUGUCAGGAGGUGACUCUCACCACCUUUAAGCCCAUUCCUGUGCAGGUGGAUGGCGAGCCGUGCAGACUGGCUCCAUCCGUUAUCCACAUCACGCUCAGGAACCAGGCCAACAUGCUGCAGAAGACCAAGAGGAGAAUCUCCCUCCCACAGCUCAAUGAUCAGCAGCCCAUCUCUGAGCAGCUGCAUAUCCAAGUGAGCCGAAUCAGUAUGCGUGACUAUGAAGCAUUACACUAUGACAAAGAUCAGCUCAAGAAAGCCUCAAUUCCUCUGGGAAUCAUCACUGUCCGAGCAGACAGCGAUUUGGAGACUUGUCGGCUGCACAUUGAGAGGCUUCAUGAGGAGGGGGUUGGUGUGAAUCCGGACACAACAACCAUACCAAAGCUCUCGCCAAAAUGGUGCUUCCUAGACUCCACAACCGCGGAUCGUUUCUACCGAAUAGACCGUGCUCAGGAACAUCUGAACUAUGUGACUGAGAUCUCGCAGAAUGAGCUUUUUAUCCUGGACCCUGAGCUGGUCACUAAGGAAACGGUGGGCACAUCUACUGGAAUGCCAGAAAUGGUAGACACACUGGGAGAGAACUCGAAUAGCUCUGACCAGAUUGCCUUCCCAGCAUGCCCUGCAGCAUCUCCACCAGUCUAUAGGGUAAAUGAAGAUCAAACUGCAGCUCAGAGAAAGCACAUGUCCUGUGAUGUCACCGAUGCUGAGGAACAGGAUGAUGCACUGGCAUCCACAAACACGGACAUUUGCAAAUCGGAUGACGUGGUCCAGAAGGAAACUGAUGAAGAGACUAUGAAGAUGCUACUCACAAGUGUGAAGUCAGAUAAUUUUAAAAAGCUUGUAGAGCUACACAAAGAAGGAGCCAAUCUUGCAGUAUAUGAUGCAUUGGGCUGUACGUUGCUCCACUAUGCUGUAGAUACUGGCAACAAGGAAAUGGUCAGAUACAUCAUAGAUAAUGCUCCACUGAGUAUCCUGGAUGUUGCAGAAAAAGAGACAGGUGAGACAGCACUGCACAAGGCUGCAGCAUCAUGCCAGAGGACGAUCUGUGGCUACUUGGUGGAUGCAGGUGCUUCCCUCACAAAGACAGACCUACAGGGUGACACUGCAAAGGCACAUGCUGAGAGAGCUCAGGACUGGCAGCUGGCCGAGUAUCUGGAGAACCAGCAGCACCACCAGAUGAUUCAGAAGGACAACCAUGAGACGGCAGUAUAACCAACAACCUGAAAUGUCCUGAUCAUCCACUGGAAAAUGCUUUUCUUGGCACGGUUUAAUGACGACACUGGGCAGCAUGUCAGUCUAAACGGAGAAGGUUCAUUUCUUUCUUGACUGCAAAGCCAAACAAAGACAACAAGCGAUGUCCUGUUGUAGCUGCAUGAAUAUGCUUCUAUUGUACUGCGGGUCAUUUGGUGACAAAUGCUACAUUUCCUAGAUAAUAAGAGCAAAAAUCUUUUGGACAUCAGGGUUAGAAGAACAGAAGUACAUCUGACUGUGGCUUUAGCCUUUUAUUAAGCAAACCGCUUAAACCUCAAAACAGAUCAUUGUGGACAAAAGGGUCUAAUAUUUUUUUUUUUUUUGCUGUAUUUAAGGAAUCUAUUUUACUUUUAACUUGGUAUUUGCUUGCCAGACACUUAGAUACUUAUGCUAGCUCAUUUUACCUAGUUUUAAUAACAUUUUAGUAAUAUUAAAAUGUUGCUUUUGUCAUUUUGACUGAAUUGGACUUUAUGACAGCCGUCUGCAUUAAAAACUUCUUCCUUUCCUGCUGCUUUAUGAGCUGUUUCUCUCUUUUUGGUAAAUGCUUGUAUUUUGCUACAAGAACAUAGUUAUUCGCAUGAUUCUGUAAAUCUUAUUAAGUGACAGUGUUAGUGGCUGCGUCUUUUUUUUGUGACAUUCUUUUAACCUUAUACUAGCUUCUUUCAGCAGAUUUUUCUGUAGAUGUGGAACACUGCACUGAUUGUUUAAAGAACACUUAUAGUAAUGUGAUGUUCUUGCAAGGAAUAAUAUUAGGUCAUUAGGUCAUGAUGUCUUUAGGAAUAAGUUACCAUUUAUCAUGUUUUAAUUAUUCUAGGAGGUCUUUGAUUAAAUCAUUACAUGUGAUAUCACAGCCAGUGUAAUUCCAUCAGAAAUGUUUUAGAUGCUUGCCAUUGUUUAUUACGUUUUAGCCACAGCGACCACACUGAAAGAUGCAUUUUGCCAUUAAAACAUGGUGUCGGGAUUUCUACUAACACAAUCUGUGGGUGGGUAACUACAUGUUUACUCCUAAUGAGUAAAGACAUUACAUCUUUUGGUUGGUGUGUUUUGUGCUUACACAAUUGUUAGUGGCAUAUCCUCAGGUACUGAAUAUGUUUUAUGUUUUUAUAUAUAUUUUUAAUGCAGGCUGCCAUCAUUGCCUUAGCAUUAUUAUUAUUAUUAUGUACUGUCAUGAGUUAUGAGUUAAACUGCAUUGUCAAUGCUCUGUUUCGAGUUGCUGUGCAAUUCACUAUUAGACAUUGUGUGUACAUCUCUAUCAAACAUUUUAAAAAUGUGUGAGUAACGAUACCAUUCCAAAAUCCCGUCUAAGCAUUUGUAUUAUUUUAUGAAUUUAAAUGAACUAUAGGCAACAGUUUAAUCCUACUAAUACAAAAUAAACUUUGGUAGAUAAUAGAUUAUAGUAUUUACUGUAUAUUUGCUGGUUUGUUAUUGUCUACCUGUAUAAAUAAAUAAAGUUGUAAAUUUC